AAAUAGGUUAUACCGAGUACCUGUUUUGUAUAACACACGUAUUUCUUGUUCAACUCAGGUAUUUUCUGGCGGUCAAUGGCUACCGCUUUAUCCGAGAAUGAGAUCCGUCAGAUUACCCUAAAUGGCGCGAAUCUCGUCCCGCGUCAAGUCCAGGAUAAGAAUAAUUUACAGCAGGAAGUCACGAAAGUGAUCGACCUAUUCCAUCGUAUAUUUUCCACCUUACGGACAGACAUCACCAAUCAACACAGGACAGCUGCUUGUAAUCUACUUUCCACACUGAUUGAGAAAUGUGCUCAGUCCACCGAGCAGAAUAUUCAGCUUCUGCUCUGGCAGACACAGAAGUUCUGGGCUGAAGCAUUCUGGCUAUACCUGGAUCAACACCACGCUCUGAACGUUAAGCCUUCCCGUUUACUACUGACUUCUAUCACUUCCGUCCUCGCCAAAUGCCAGGAUAAAGUUAUCUGCGAGCCUGAGAAGGCGAGAUCGCUGGAGCUACUUGUACGAUACAUUGCUACGCCUUCCGAGAAUGCUCCUACCAGACCGGCCAUGCAAGCUCUCGCUCAUUGGCUCUCCAAGAAUAUCGUCAAUCUCGAGGAGACAUGUGAUGUCUUUGCGAAAGUCCUCAAUCUUGAAAGCAAGACCACUUCGACUUCUUUGGUUCACGAUCUGCUUCAGAUCAUCUUGCGUCGGGCGCCAUACGAAGACUUCGCUUCCUCCGCUGGCUCGUUGGCGGCAUUGAUCAUUCAAAAGGAUCCAUCUACGAGCCAGUCAUCUUCGAAACUCCAAUUCGGCAGUUUCCAGAAUUCGCUGUGGACUUCUACCGUACUAGAAGUUCUCAAGCAAGACCCGCGUUCUCUUGGGAACUUCCGGCAUUAUGUAUUUCCUGAGAUCUUCCAGCAGGACAAGGCAAGCUUCAUCGCUUUUCUGGACCAACUGGGCAUUCAAAGCAUACUCGGAAAUGAUCAAGCCUCUGUGGUCGCUCUUCCUCUUCCAAGAUCACAAUGCGAAGAAGUGUUGUUCUGCGCGUUGUCUGUGGGAAGCAAGCUUGGUUUGGUAAAAGUGGCAGACGUUGACCAGCAUGCCACUGCUGAGCUGUUCUUCGAGGAAGAUGUUCUAUGUAUCCCGGAUGUCUUGCUCGGGGCAUUGUUAUUGCGCACUUCCGACGCUACGAGAAUCGCAGGUCUUAGCAUGCUUACAACAUCCACGACGACCACCCAGCCGCUGUCUGCAGGCGCGAUGGAUGCUUUAAGGAAAGGCCUCCCUUUUCUUCAUGCCGACGCCGACGCUGGUUUCCGGAGCGAGCUCUUCAGCUUGAUCAAGAACCUUGUAGAUCGUAUCAAGGCUGCGACAGCGACCCUCGCGAAGCCGUCAAGCAAAAUGAAGAAGGAUCAAACAAGGGAUGUUGUAGAUUUGCCCUCGAAUACCGAAUCGUCUGAGUUGAUAGACGCUCACAAGUCGUUCGUUGGAUGGUACCUAUCCUUCCUCAAGGGCGAGCUGCGACCAACAGCCAACUACCAAAGGCAUGUGUCCGCACUCAGAUGUAUUUAUAUCAUUGCAACAUCUGGAGUUGAUACUGGAGUACAACGGUCUUUCUUCUCAAAAUCUGCAGGUCCCGUAGCAACGUGGCCUUUCACGCUGAACGUCGUCGACACAGGCCUGGCUGAUCUCUUGGUUGAUCUGCUUCUUAAUCCCUACGAUGAUGUGAGAAGUACAGCUGCAGAGAUCUUGAGUUUAGUGGAGACAAAGUCACAACAGCAGAACAAUGCAACAGAGGUGCCUGUCAUGGUGAAGGUCCUUGCACAAGCCGAGGACAUGAUGAAACUCAGUGGACGAGCUGAUCACGCCGAUGGAGUUGCACAUCUCUACGGCAUCCUGUUCACUCGUUGCUCGGUCUUGAUCGACGCUACUGGACAAUGGUGGAAAUCCCAAUGCGGAAUUCUGGAACACCUUGUUGUUACUAUUGAAGAAAUCAUUCGUGUGGCAUGCGCGGACAUCGGCAAAGCGGUAAACAAACGCCCUCUUCACGGCUUGUGUAUCAGUCUAAGGUAUAUCGUCGAGAGGUCUGGCUUCUACCAGAUGUUUUCCUUGGAUUCUGCUGCGUCGAAACGUUUACAACUGCUCUAUUCUCGACUCUACAGUGUUUUCGGAGAUGUUUGGAAAUGUGUAUAUGACACACUUUGCCACGAUGUCCUCGAUAAUAGUGCUUCUGAAGACACUGCAGAAGAAGACAUUGGAACGAAGGAUGUGUUGAGCUACGCUUGGAGAGCGCUGAAAGAAUCCAGUCUGCUAUUGCGAGCGAUCGUGAAAAACUGUCCUCUCAGUAUCUCGAAUCAACCACUGCUUUCCUUGCAACAACUUCGCCAGUUAGGCGAUCUCACUUUCACCGAGCUCGCUGAAUUACGACACCGUGGUGCCUUCUCGACGGUCGCCCAAACCUUCGUUAUCUGCUGCAUACGAUCUAACAGCGGUGCCGAAACUUUGGGCGAGAAUCUCGAAAAUUGGUAUCAGCGUGCGGUCCUUUGCAUCCAAAACCAAACUGCCAUCAACACACGACGCUCAGCAGGACUGCCAUCACUAAUGAUUGGUAUUGUCGUUGCAGACAGCAAAGGUGCUUUGUUCGGCAGAGCGAUGAAAGAGCUUACUAUCGAGGCAACGCGGCCCGUUGAUCAGACUGCAGAAAGUGCUGGUGGCCUUUCUCAAGUCCAUGCUCUCAAUUGCAUAAAAGACAUCUUCAAGAACUCGAGACUCGGCGAGCGCUCGGAAGCCUACGUCCCAGAAGCCCUUAGUCUAUCGGCUAAAUGCUUGUCAUCAGACACAUGGGCGGUCCGAAACUCAGGCCUGAUGCUCUUCAGAGCUCUCAUGGAUAGACUGAUUGGCACUAACGACGCAUAUACUGACGAUGAUCAAACCACGCAGAGUCGACUGUCAGAGGAGGCGAUCACGAGUCUGAUGCAUGUUGUGCUUGAGCUCCUCGGACCAACUGAUGGUGAUGUCAAUCAAGUCAAUGCUGAAGUUGUCUUCCCCGCUCUGCAAUUGCUUCAACGCAUUCAACCACCUCAAGUCAUGGCAGCAAAGGUUCAGCACUCAGUCCUGAGGCUUGCCUCUAACCGACAAUGGCACGUCCGUGAUAAAGCAGCGAAGACAUAUGCCACUCUGGUGCCCGUGAAGGAUCGAGUAAGUUGUGUGGUAGAUCUUGUUCUAAGAAAAGCUCGUACUCAAAAUGAGUCACAUGGCUGUUUACUUGGUGCCCGAUAUCUCAUGGAGCGACUAGGGAAGGAUACUACUACUGGAGACAUUGAAACAUUGAUGACCACCGUCCAAUCACGCAUGAACGAUUUGCUAUAUGAAAACGCUUGCCCAUACACUCAAGCAGCAUUUGUAGAUGUGCAAGUCUGCUUCUUUUACGCAGCUAUUAGAAAGCAACGAUACCUAUUUGCUCCGGGUACUACAUGGGCUACGACCGAGGACAUGAACAUCCUUUUGGCUCUGCCUCAAGAGCACUUUGCAGCAUGUGCGUUCCUCAGACAGUGUUUAGCGCUGUCUCUCAUUCACGAGUAUGCCGUCUUCAGUGGACCGACGAACGACAAUUCGGCAGCAGAUGUCUCGGCAAGAGUUGAUACUUUCUUGUCCCUAGCAGCUCGUGAUCCCGAUGCUUGCGCCACUGCACUCCGCGAAGCUGCUCGCAUUGGAACUGCUGACCAGGUUUAUGCCGCACAAGCCACGAACUUGCUGGUAACUAUCUCAUCCAGACUCCUGUUUGAUGCCAGUGUAGAUAUCGAAGUCCAAGAUGCUGCCCAGGAAGUACUCAAAGUUCUCUUCUCUCGAGGCGCAGCAGAAAUUAUCAAAAAAGCCAUCUUCGUCGACUUGAAAAAAUUGUAUCUGCCUUGUAGCGCUGCAACUCCACUGUUCAGCGACAAGCGAAUCAUCCUGCAGGGAUCGCUGCUCAACCUGAGAGCGGAAGAUGAAUCACUAAGGGACGGCCAACUAACCGAGGACUUUGACAGAUGGGUCUUGCAAGUACGAAAUGCCUUGUAUGACGCAAACCCGUUCGAUACAAGACAGGCCGCCGCAAUCGCAACACAGCAACUCGACAACAAAGCCCUGGCAUAUUUCAGCUCCAUCGCUGGAGGUUCUGUUCUCAGUUUCUGCCUUGCCGUCUACGACCUGAACAAUGACGACGAUGACGAGAUCAGAGCAAUAGCUGCUCCAGUCGCUACCAACAUCCUCAACGCAGGUACUGGAGAGAAGCACUCCGACAUGGUACCAUUAGCCGCAAACCAAGGCCUGGCCAACUUCAUCGCUUUGGCUUUCGGGUCAAGCGAUGUUGCAGCCCAGUCAGCACUCAGCAGAGCUACCGGCAAUGCUGUCAACUCUUUCUUUCCUGACUCAGUCAAGCAGAUUCUGGAUAAUAAGAGCAAGUUAGGCUCCUCACUCUUCGCACAAGAAAAGCAAAAUCUCUUCAUCGACGAAACUAGAGAAGCCAAGAUUUGGUCUUCGGUCGCUGCUCAAUUACACCCCGAGGCCUUUUCAUUCCGCCUACUGAUGAACCUGUGCACCUGGGUCAUCGAUGGCCUUGACGUCUUGAUUGCUGAGAUCGAAGCUAAGCCUGACACCCCGCUUGGCUGGAGCAGGAAACCCGAAGUCUUUGUAUUGGGUAUACAGAUCAUCUACACUGCUGAGCUCGUAUUGAAGCUAGGCAAGAGAGGAUUUGAGGUGCCGGUUGAGGGUAAAGCUGUUGUGAAGAGAUUGGAAGUUCUCUUGAGCAGAGGUCAGGAGAAUGGUGUCAAUGUUCUGUGGUUGCAGACUGUCAAGGAGGUGUUGGAGCAACAGAAAUGAGACCGGUGUAUUCAAGUAGUGUAGCAUGGAGGUCCUCCACCAUCUUUGUAACUUCAGUUCACAUGUGCAUUCACUCUUGUAGGUCGUCGC